AUGAUCUGGUGGAUAUAUCUAAUGUCCCACAUCUGCAUGCAGAUUGUGCCCAAUCAGAGCUUGGCCAUAGAAGCUAUUAAUGCAUUAUCAAAGGAGGGUUCAGUCCCAAAAGAAUUUCAAAACAAAGGAAAUCAAAGUGCUUUGCGUUUGUAUGCCGAUUGGGGCUACACCAUGGACUCGAAAAAGCCCCUGAAGCAGCAGUGCCGCUCAACGGGCUACCAAAAUGAAUUUUCUUGGGUUGCUGUUAAGAACAGAAACCGAGUGAUCGAGGAACCUCGCCGGUUUUUAAAGGAUCUGCGUAGUGAUAUGUACAAAAAUGCGGAUGCUGAGAAAUGCCAUCAGCCGGAAAUGCGGAAUGUUCAGGAAUUUCUCGAGUGCCAAGUGCGCAGGCAUAUGCGACUGGAGUUGCACAUUCCCAAGUAUCCCAAUGUUCCAACAUAAUGCCAUUAAAAAGGUACAAUUA